AUGGUCGUUGUUGCAGUACAGUCCCAGACAGCAGCAUCUGCUGCCCCAUCUACCAUCUCAAACGGUAUUGAUAAGGAAACUCAUACGAAGACCCAGGAGACCACCCCUUACAAUGCCGACGGCGGCGUCACCAGUCAGCUCUGUGGCUGGAUUGCUGGCCUGCAGCUUGAUGAUAUCCCCGAGGCCGUGCGCACUCGCGCCAAGUAUCUGGUCCUAGAUGGACUUGCCUGUGCCCUGGUUGGCGCCCGUGUCCCCUGGUCGCAGAAAGCCUUCGAUGCCAUGCGCGCUUUUGAAGCACCAGGGAAGCAUGUAGUCAUCGGGUACGAAGAGCGCCUGGGUGCCGUCGCUGCGGCUACCCUGAACGGGUCGUGGAUCCAGGCCUGUGAAGUCGAUGACUACCACAGCGUUGCACCCUUGCACUCGCAAGCGGUGGUCAUCCCCCCGCUUUUCGCCGCUGCCGUGAGUUCCAAAGACCACCCCACAACACCACGAGUCAUCGACGGGCAAUCAUUCCUGCUCGCCUCGGUGGUCGGGUUUGAGAUCGGGCCUCGGGUCGGCAUGGCGCUGCAUGGCACGGAGAUGCUAGCGAAAGGAUGGCACUGCGGGUCAGUGUUCGGCGGUCCCGCCGCGGCAGGCAGCUCCGCGAAGCUACUUGGCCUCUCUGCGGCACAGAUCGAGGACGCCAUCGGCGUAGCCGCCACACAGGCCUGCGGGUUAAUGGCGGCGCAGUACGACGGCAUGGUCAAGCGAAUGCACCACGGGUUUGCGGCGCGCAACGGGCUCAUCGGAACAAUGCUCGCCUGGGGCGGCUACGAAGGAAUCAAGAAAGUCUUCGAGCGGCCCUACGGCGGCUUCCUGGCCAUGUUCGGCCUGGGUUCAAAACACACCCCCAACUCCAAGCCCGAGGAAAUCUCCAAAGACCUAGGCCAGUUCUGGCACAUCUCCGAAUGGAUCCGUCUGAAACUGCAUGCCUGCUGCGGCGGCAUCCACGGCACCAUCGAGUGCCUUGCCGAGAUGCAAGAACAGUAUCCAGACCGACUCCGAGGCGCGGCCCAACUAGCCACCAUCAAGGACAUUCACAUCCAGCUCAGUGACGCCGUCUAUCACCACUGCGGCUGGGCGCCCGAAGCCCGCCCAUUGACCCCAACGGGGGCCCAGAUGAACACGGCGUUCGUGGCCGCAUCCCAACUAGUAGACGGACAGGUCCUGCUCGAACAAUUCUCCUCGGGCAAGCUCGACCGGGACGAGAUCUGGGAUCUCAUCCACAAGACUCACUGCACGCACACCACUGAGCUGGAUAAGCCCAAUAUCGGCUGUGGGUCGGUCAUCACCAUCACGUUCGAGGACGGCACGCAGCUGAAUCAUACGCUGCUGAAGCCGAAGGGCGUGGACGAGCCGAUCACCAACGAGGAGAUCCUGGAGAAAUUCCGUCGCUUGACGGGCAGUCUGAUCGGGCCGGAGCGCCAGGCCCAGAUCGAACAGGCGGUGUUGAAUAUGGAGGCGUUGGAGGACGUAGAUGAGUUGAUUGAGUUACUGAGCGUGCCGGUGGUGAAUCCGUUGCAGUAG